GGUCACCAACACCCUGUGGUACCAGAAAUGACAUCGGCCACUCCCUCCUGUUCUGAAGACGACUCCCCUCAGAAAGUAUGCCACUCCCAGACACAGACUGACAUCACAAAGCCCCUGCUGGGUUCUGCAGGGGGGACUGGAAGCACUGGCACAGCCGAAAAUGGAGCUGCAGGGUCCAGCGCACUACGAAGGAGGCGACGUGUCCUGUCCAAAGAUGGACGAAGCAAUGUACGUAUUGAGCAUGUAAGCGGGAGAGGAACGAUGUACCUUCGCGACCUCUGGACAACAUUUUUGGACAUACAAUGGCGUUAUAAGUUCUUCCUAUUCUCUGCCACCUUUGCUGGGACCUGGUUCCUGUUUGGAGUGCUCUGGUACCUGGUGGCAAUGGUGCAUGGUGAUUUACUGGAGUUUGAUCCCCCCUCUAACCAUACUCCAUGUGUAAUGGAGGUUAAGACCCUGACUGGAGCCUUCCUUUUCUCUCUGGAGUCCCAGACCACAAUUGGCUAUGGUUUCCGCUGCAUUACGGAGGAGUGCCCAGUCGCUAUUGUCCUGCUCAUCUUUCAGCUGGUUAUCACCAUGGUGAUGGAGAUCUUCAUCACCGGCACUUUCCUUGCAAAGGUUGCGCGUCCCAAGAAACGAGGUGAGACCGUGAAGUUUAGUCAACAUGCCGUCGUGUCGACUCACGAGGGGCAGCCUUGCCUCAUGAUCCGAGUGGCCAACAUGCGCAAAAGCUUGCUGUUAGGAUGUCAGGUGACGGGGAAGUUACUUCAGACAUCCCUGACAAAGGAGGGUGAGACGGUGCGGCUGGACCAGCGGAAUGUGCCAUUCCAGGUGGACACGUCCAGCGACAGCCCCUUCCUCAUCAUCCCCCUCACCUUUUACCACAUCAUUGAUGACAGCAGCCCCCUCAGAGCCUGGGCUGCAAAAGGUGGCGGCUGGACCAACCCAGAGCUUGCUGACUUUGAGCUGUUGGUGAUAAUGAGUGCAACAGUGGAGCCAACCUCUGCCACCUGCCAGGUUCGCACAUCCUACCUUCCAGAUGAAAUCCUCUGGGGCUACGAGUUUCCUCCAGUUGUCUCCUUGUCCCCCUCAGGGAAGUAUGUGGCCGAUUUUACCUUUUUUGACAAGGUGGCAAAAAUGAAAACACCACCUCUAAUCAAGCAGGCGCUGCCACCGAGUCCAACCUCACCUGUAUCCCACUACCAUGGCACCAAGGAAGGAGGCCCGGACCUUGAAAAAAUGCGACUGGAAGAGGACUGGAAGAGGGGAGGAGACAGAGGGAGGAACCGGGGGUGUAUCAGAGAGAGCAGACCACUGAGUGUGCGUAUUAGUAAUGUGUGAGGGAAGCAAGAGAGGGAAC